AUGUCCAAGUCUCAUUCUUCCAUCCAGUUGCCACCUAUACCAGAGGGGAAGUUCCUUCCAAAUGGCUUAAAGAAUGACCCACCGUUGCCGCCAGACAAUCCGACCAUCGGAUACAAAUUCAACCAUGUGAUGCUACGAAUCAGAGAUCCUGCUCGAUCCUUGCACUUCUACGUCGAUCUUAUGGGCAUGCGUACGGUAUUCACCAUGAACACCGGCCCGUUCACCAUUUACUAUCUCGGAUAUCCGCAGACAGCUGCUCAUCGUGCGGACCUUCCGGCAUUCGGCCAGGACACCCUUUCUGAGCUGCCUCACACACUUGGUCUUUUUGAGUUGUAUCACAUUCAUGGGUCGGAGAACGAGCCUGAUGGUUACUACUCUACUGGGAAUGAACCACCAAACCUGGGUCUUGGCCACCUAGGGUUUUCUGUCCCCGAUGUCCCUGCGGCAGUAGAUCGUCUGAAGAGCCACGGGGUCGAGGUGAUCAAGGACUUGGGUAUCGCAACGCGGGAAACUAUCCCUCUGAGUCAGUGGGAAUCGCAACGAGGCAUCGGACUGGGCAAUCUGCACCCAGUCUACCAGAACGUGUUCGAGCAGAUUGCAUUCGUUAAGGACCCGGAUGGGUACACUGUCGAACUUGUGCCCCAGACUCUACAAGGGGUUUAG